CGAGUUUACUGCCGUUUGGGUAAGAUGGCAGGCGUGCAGCCGCCACCCCUCCGGAGCCUGGAUGAUUUUCUCCUCAGCUCGGCCCGGUUCGCCGUGCCCGAUGUGCGCGACUUGGACCGCUGGAACAACCGCAUCAUCAACAACCUGCUGUACUACCAGAGCAAUUAUUUCCUGUCCGCGCUGGUCCUCCUGCUCAUAGUGGGGUAUUUCCAGCCCUUCCAGUUGUUUGUCGGGGCGAUGGUUGUCACAUUGUUGUUCCUGGGUUUUGUCUGGGCAGCUGAGAACCAAGCUCCCAUUCGCCGUUUCCGUAGAAACCACCCGUCGGUCGCUGUAUUGGCCAUUCUUUUGGGCAGUUACCUCUUCAUAUCGGUGCUGGGAGGCGUGGCCGUGUUCCUGUUUGGGAUAGCCUUCCCUAUACUGAUGGUUCUGCUCCAUGCCUCGGUGAGGCUGCGCAGCCUGAAGAACAAGCUGGAGAACAAACUGGAGAGCAUCGGUCUGAAGAGGACACCCAUGGGACUCCUGUUAGAGGCCCUGGGACAGGAACAGGAGGCUGGAUCCUAGAGAGAAAGAGGAGGUGGCGUUCAGGGAUGGGGGAUAGUUUGGGUACCAUCUGAGGGAAAUGGCAAGAGAAAUACAUGUGAAGUUAUUGGGAUAUGGGAAGAGGAGAGGAAAAACAGAAUUAUUGCAGGACAAGAGGAAGUAUUAAAAUAAAAAUAAAGAAUCAGG